GUGCAGCCCCAGCGGCAGGGGCAGGCUUGCCGGGGCCGCUCCCCGCGAGCCGCGAGCCUCCGGGCUGUGGGCUGGGUUGGGGGGCGGGGGCGGCUCCACGCGCCCGCUCGCUGGCUCGCAAGAUGUGUGCUCGACUGCAGGGCACUGCCCAAAGGGCCCGCGUCCCCCAGAGGAGCUGAACGCCAGCUGGCAGAGGAUUGCCCGGGGACGGGGCUGAGAAUGGAGGGCCGGCCUUUAUUCAACGUGCAGAAGGCACUAGUACAGCCCAUGCAGGUGUUCAUGUUGGACAUCCCGCUGAGUGUGCAGGACGACGAGAGCUCCACACAGGAGAUUGGAGAAGAGCUGGCAGAUGACAUCAUCUACAGUAUCUCUCUGCGUAAAGUACAACUCCAUCACACCGCCAACAAGGGACAGCGAUGGCUGGGGUUUGAGAAUGAGUCUGCUUUGAACUUGUAUGAGACCUGCAAAGUUCGUACCAUCAAGGCAGGGACGCUGGAGAAACUGGUGGAAUACUUGGUAUCAGCCUUCAGAGGCAAUGACUCCACCUAUGUCACCAUCUUCCUGUGUACCUACCGUGCCUUUGCCACCACCAAACAGGUGCUGGAUCUCCUGCUCAACAGGUAUGGCCGACUACACCCUCAAGCCAAUGGGGAUCGUGGGCAGCAGGCCACAGAUGACCGGCUGGAGCUAAAAAACACCAUUUCCUCCAUUCUGGGAGCCUGGUUGGACCAAUACUCUGAGGACUUUCGACAGCCCCCAGACUUCACCUGCCUCAAACAGCUCGUCUCCUAUGUUCAGCACAACAUCCCUGGUUCAGACCUUGAACGCCGAGCCCACCUCCUCCUCGCCCAGUUCCAGAGACAGGAACCCAGUGAGGCAGAGCCAGAAGUCCCAGAGUCUGUCUGCUCCUUCCAUCUGACAGAAGAAAAUGGACUGGGAGAAGGAAAACCUGACUUCCUGGUCUUCUCUCCAGAGAUGGUCGCAGAACAGUUCACAUUAAUGGAUGCGGAGCUGUUUAAGAAGGUGGUCCCCUAUCACUGCCUGGGCUGCAUCUGGUCCCAGAGAGACAAAAAAGGCAAUGAACACUUGGCACCCACCAUUCGGGCCACUGUCUCCCAGUUCAACUGUGUCACCAACUGCGUCAUUGCCACAUGUCUAGGAGACCGAGGUCUGAAGCCCCAGCAGCGAGCCAAGGUGGUGGAGCGGUGGAUUGAGGUGGCUCGGGAAUGCCGAAUACUCAAAAACUUCUCCUCCCUCCGUGCCAUCCUCUCUGCCCUGCAGUGCAAUGCAGUUCAUCGCCUAAGGAAGACCUGGGAUGAAGUGGCAAGGGAAAGUUUCCGAAUCUUCCAUGAGCUGUCAGAGAUCUUCUCUGAUGAGAACAACCACUCACUAAGCCGGGAGCUCCUCAUUAAGGAGGGGACCUCAAAGUUUGCCACACUAGAAAUCAACCCCAAGAGAGCCCAAAAGAGGCAGCAGCAGCAGCGGGAGAUGGGCGUCAUGCAAGGCACUAUUCCAUACCUUGGCACCUUCCUCACAGACCUGGUGAUGCUGGACACAGCUAUGAAGGACUACCUGGAUGGGGGCCUGAUCAACUUUGAGAAGAGGAGAAAGGAGUUUGAAGUGAUUGCCCAGAUCAAGCUGCUGCAGUCAGCCUGCAACAAUUACAGUUUCACACCAGAAGUUCGCUUUACAGCUUGGUUCCAUAGCAUGGAGAAGCUCAGUGAAUCUGAGAGUUAUAGUUUGUCCUGUGAGCUGGAACCCCUGUCAGAAUCUGCCAGUAACACCCUGAAGGCCAAGAAGAACACAGGGAUUAUCAAACGAUGGAGCGAUCGCCAGGCCCCCAGUGCAGAGCCCAGCACUAGUGGCAGUUCCCAUUCCAAGUCCUUCGACCAGCUCAAGUGUGGGCCCUACCUGUGCAGUGGGGAUGGAGCAGACUCCCUCAGCGUCACCUCAGCAGGUUCCUCCAGUUCAGACGUGGAAGAAAUUAACAUCACCUUCGUCCCAGAGUCUCCAGACUGCCAGGAGAAAAAGUUCUGGGAGUCGACAUCCUUGUCCUCCCUGGACACAUCGGGUAUCGGGUCCGGCUCCAGCAGUGCCUCGUCCUCCUCCGUCUCCUCCACGCCGGUGACUGCCUCCCGCACCCACAAGCGCUCCGUCUCGGGUAUCUCCAGCUACUCCUCCCUCUCCCUCCCCCUCUACAAUCAGCAGAUUGACGAUUGCUGUAUCAUUCGAGUGAGUCUGGCUGUGGACAAUGGCAACAUGUACAAGAGUGUUCUGGUGACAAGCCAGGAUAAGACCCCAGCGGUGAUUCGGAAAGCCAUGGUCAAACACAACUUGGAUGGCGACCAGCCAGAGGACUAUGAGCUGGUGCAGAUUAUCUCUGAGGAAAGAGAGCUGAAGAUCCCAGACAACGCCAAUGUGUUCUAUGCUAUGAACUCCACUGCCAACUAUGACUUUGUCCUGAAGAAGAGGGGCUUCCCUAAAGGGGUAAAGGUCAAGCAUGGAGCCAGCUCGACGCUGCCCAGAAUGAAACAGAAAGGCCUCAAGAUCGCCAAAGGCAUCUUCUAACUCUCUCACCUCCUUUGGGCAGUGGUCCUAGGCCUCACCACCUCUCCCUGGAGCCACAAAGCACUUAGAGGCCUGGGCUUCCCACCCAUGUCCCUUCCACCGGGGUCCCUUCCACCGGGGUCUUUGCCCAUACCUUCCUGCACAGAUUAGCUCCCCUGACCUUCAGGGACUUUUUUGGGACACCUUCCCACUUUGAUUUUUUUCUACGUGGUUUUGGACACUUGAGUGCUCUCUUUCCUACCCAAUAUGACGCCCCUAAGACUUGGGCUGACCGGGUUCCCACCCCCUCUUCUCAACCCCCAACAACCACCUCAUUGCCUUAGGUGCCUUCUGCUUUACAAGAACCAGAAGACAGAACAAUUUUCUUUUUUUGCCAAGGAACUCUGCCAAUGGGCACCAGUGCCCCAUCCCCUCCCUGAUACUGUUCUUCAAAUGGAUCUCCAGCUCCUAAGCUGAUGGUCACUGCCACAUUCCUUGCCCAGUGGGCAUACUGGAGCAUUAAUUCCCAAAAGGAUUUGACCACACUUCUUCCAGAGUUUCCCCAGUCACCUGCCCCACCUGUACCCCUGUCAUCCACCCUCAGUGUCCCCAUGGUCACUCCCAUACAGGGUGGAGGUGGGGCAUGGGAGUGGAGCAUUUCUCUCUCCCAAUCACCAUAAGUUGGAUCUGGCCCCAGAACACGGGUUUUGCCUCCCAGAUCUCUAGCCCUAUACCUGCACCAAAGAUUCUAUCUCAAGGGACACACCAGGGCAAGGAGGACCCACUGACCCUUCCCUCUGCACUCUGGGAGAGGUAGGGGCCCCUGUAAAUAUACAGCAUGACUCACUGUGGUGAGCAAGGGGAGGGGUCAGGCCAGGUUCCUGCUGACGUUGAAUUCUCAACCACACCAAGUGCCACUAACCUUGGACUUUGCAGACAUCAUAAGAUGAUGAAUGAGGGCAGUUAGGGUGGGGGAAAGAAGGAAAUGACUGAAUUUUUGUAAAAAAAAAAAAGAAAGAAAACAAAAAAGAAAAGAAAAAUGUUUACUGAUGGGGGGGGUAAUAUUUAUUUGUUGUAAAUAGAAAACAUUAGACUUGUACAUUCUACUAAAUCCUGUUAAACCAUGGCUUGAGUUUCUCUGUUUUGCUCUGAAGUUGGUCACCUGUGUGUGCUCCCAGGUCUCCCUCACAGCACACGUGCUUUAUUCUCUUUGGGAAGGUGGGAAGGGGCUAGGGGAGAUGCUAAGAAAGAAUGCACACUGAGACCAGGAAGCCUGGCUUCUAGUCCCACUUUUGCCACUAAAGUUAGUACUUUGUCACAGUGACUUCCUUUCUGGACACCUGUUUUCACAUCUGUAACAAUAAUACUUCUGGAUAGUCCUGUGCGGAGGUGUGAGCAUAGCUAUCCCUGUAUUGUGUGUAAGAUUGUUUGAAGUGUGGGGAUAUGGAUAUCAAGAUGGUAGGAGUGGAAACCCCCUCUCCCUACAGAUUUCCAACCUGACCCCGAAAUCCCGUUAUGUUUUAGAUGGAAUGAAGUUGUGUAAUCCCUGACUAGGUCCUUAAGUGGGGAAGGAAAGGGAUAUAGUUCUAGAAGAAGUGACCAGGCUUGCCCCUUGGCCAGAUUACUCUAGGAGCUUGGAGUCAUUGCAGGGAGUCAUAUCAAUCAAUCAAUAAGCAUUAAUGAAGCUCCUGAUGUUCAUAGCUCUGUGCUAUGAACUCCAUUGUCAACUAUGACUUUGUCCUGAAGAAGAGAGGCUUCCCUAAGGGGGUAAAGGUCAAGCAUGGAGCCAGCUCGACACUGCUCAGAAUGAAACAGAAAGGCCUGAAGACAUCAAGUAUCAGGUCAGAGAUGGGGCUUUGGAGACAACUAAAUCCCAGAAUGUCAGUACAGCAAAAGGACCUCAUGUGCCUUCUAUUCCCAUACCUUCACUUCGCUGGGAAGGAACAUUGAGGCCCAGAGAGGUUAAUAAACCCUGCUUGCCUAAGAACACAUGCAUGGUACUAUACAAUACUUGAUUUGGAGUAAGAGGACCUGGAUUUGAAUCCUAGCCCUUAAUGUUUCUGUGUGAUCUGUUAAUACCUGGGCAAGUAGUUUCUUCUAGACUUGGUUCCCCUAUCUUAA